AAUAAUGAGGGAAGUGAGAGGUGGUAGUUGGAAAUACAGUGGUGCUAGUGUAAGAAGUUCUGCCGCAGUGGCAGUUGUGGUGCUGUUAUGGUGGCAUGGAGUGGCACAAGUGAAGUCACAAAGGAUUCCAGCUCUGUUUAUUUUUGGAGAUUCAUUGGUUGAAGUUGGCAACAAUAACUUCCUCAGGACCCUUUUAAGGGCUAAUUUCUAUCCCUACGGCAUUGACUAUUCCAAGGGUCCCACUGGACGUUUCUCUAAUGGCAGAUCCUUAAUUGACUUCCUUGCGAAUCUGUUGGGUGUUCCUUCUCCUCCACCCUUUGCAGAUCCUACCACAACUGGUCGUGCAAUAAUUAAUGGAGUCAAUUUUGCAUCAGCUAACGGUGGCAUUCUUGAAGAGUCAGGCAGACACUAUGGUGAGAGGUAUAGCCUAAGCCAGCAAGUGCUGAACUUUCAGACCACAUUAAAUCAGCUGAGAACAAUGAUGGAUGCAGACACAUUAAGACGGUAUUUAGCGAAGUCUAUUGUAAUUGUAGUCACUGGAAACAAUGACUAUAUCAAUAACUACCUCCUUCCUGGUUUAUAUGGUUCUAGCUCUAAUUACACUACUCAACAGUUUGGUAAUCUUCUCGUUAAUUCCCAUAUUCAAAAUAUGCUGGCUUUAUAUAGCUUAGGACUAAGGAAGUUCUUCUUAGCGGGAGUUGGACCACUUGGUUGCACUCCUAACCAACGAGCUCGCGGUUUAGCCCCAUCCGGAAGGUGCUUAGACAUUGUUAAUCAAAUGGUUGGAACCUUCAACCAAGGGCUAAGAUCAAUGGUGGAUCAGCUGAAUAGAAACCGUCCUGAUUCCAUGUUUGUGUAUGGUAACACUUACGGCAUCUUUGGGGACAUGUUAAAUAACCCUGCAGCUUAUUCAUUUAGUGUCAUUGACAGAGCUUGUUGUGGACUUGGAAUGUAUCAAGGCCAAAUAACAUGUCUCCCUCUUCUAGCUCCAUGUGUGUCAAGAAAUCAGUAUUUGUAUUGGGAUGCCUUCAAUCCAUCACAAUCUGCAGUGUAUGUUUAUGCUUGGAGAGUUGUGAAUGGUCCUGUUAAUGAUGCUUAUCCUAUUAAUCUGCAACAAAUGGCUCAACUUUAGUUUCUCUGGACAACUACUCCCUAAGUUUGUUAUUAUCUAUG